AUGGCAGGUAGGCAGGCUGGCAGGCAGGCAGGCAGGCAGAACGGUCGCUGCCCGGCAAUCGGAUCUAAGUGUAACUACUGUCACAAGGAUAACCACUUCAUUGCAGUGUGCAGAAAAAGGCUACAAUCAGGCCAACGACAAGUGCGGGAGAUUAAUGCAGAGCUGGAUUCCGAGUCCCUGGGCCGAGACUCGAACUCGGAAGAGGAGUACCUAUACGGAUUAUCUGUAAACGCUAUCGGUCUCGGAAAAUUGAAAGACAAACAAAUAAAAUUCCAUAUCGACGAAAAUGUUGUGCCGUCAAGCCAGCCGGCUAGACGGAUCCCGUUCCACGUUCGUGAGCAAGUCGAACAAGAGCUCAAUCGGUUAAAGGAGCUGGACGUCAUCGAGAAAGUCGACGGACCAACUCCGUGGGUGUCAAACCUAGUGGUAGCUCCAAAACCGAAUGCACCAAAGGAAAUUCGUCUAUGUGUCGACAUGCGCAAAGCCAAUCUUGCACUAAAACGAGAACGUCAUGUGACGCCAACUAUCGACGACAUAGUAUCAGAAUUAAACGGCUCAACGUUGUUCUCUAAGGUGGAUCUGUACAAGGGAUUCCACCAGCUGGAACUCUCCGAAGAAUCAAGAAAUAUGACAGUGUUUGCUAGCCAUGUAGGCCUACGGCGCUACAAACGUCUCACCUUUGGAGUAAGCGUUACGCCAGAAAUAUUUCAGAACGAAAUCCGACAGGCUCUACAAGGUUUGAAGAAAACGUUAAACAUCAGUGACGACAUAAUCGUGCACGGCAAAACACGACCACAACACGACACAAAUCUGGAAGCGCUUCUGCAAAGAUUGCAAGAGAAGGGAGACAAGGUUCUGGUCAAACAGCAGGGGCGAAACAAACUCGAUACACCGUUUUCGCCAGUUCCCGGAAGUGUCGUGUCGCGCAAGGGUUCCAUGGUUACGGUUCGACAUAAGGAUCGAACACGCGACGCCUCUCACCUCAAGCCUGUGCUGGCUUUACCGCCACCUCACGAUGACAUCGUACGCCAGGAUAUAGCCGUCCAUCAACCCGAACAACAACCGCUCAGACGUUCGAGUCGUGAAAGAAAGCCGCCGCGAAAAUACGACAAAUGA